AAAAAUUAAAAAAAAACCCAAGGUGGUGACAAUUUACGUCAAUUAUUGAACACAACCUCCUAAAAAUCUCCAUUAUUAAAGAAUUUUGUCAUUAAUUUAUUACUAUUCCCACAUACUACUCCGUAUUAUACUAACAGCCCAGUAUCAUCAUCAUCUACCCUUCUCUCUCCUCCCUAAACCUCCUCACUUCCAUUCCAUAAAACGCUCCCUUUUUCCCAAUUUUCCAGCUCAACCAACAUUAUUAGCAGCCAGCUAGCCACCCCACCCACCCUUUUCCAAAUACAUCACUCUCAACCAUGGUAGAGGACAAUCAUCACACCACUCUUCUCCGCCGCAACAGCAUCCCUUCCGCCGUAAUCGUCCCUACUAAACUAAACAAAUCCAAUGGAAACCACCACAAUCGGUCUCCGCCGCCGCCUCCGUCGUUUUCAGCUGUUGAUUUUGAGCUGUUGCCGUUCAAGUCGCCGGGGUUAGAUGCUUAUACUUCAUUAAAAGAUAUUCUCCCGUGUAGUCCUUCCUCUAUUCUCUCUCCUACUCCGGCCGUCGCACUUGCCGGUAUAUCGUCAUCAUCUGUAGGUUCAGGUUAUGAGAUUUCUAUUCGGAAUCGUUUGGUUAAACAGGCUGCUUGGGCGUACCUUCAACCGACUGUUUCGUCUUCUCCUUCUUCGUCCUCUCGCCGACUUUUAUUUUCCGGUGAGUAUAUUCGGCCGAUGAUCGUUAAUUUCCGGCGCACAGUGUUUGAGACGGCGGCACGUGCCUAUGAUUGGUUGGUGGACGCUCUCUGGCUCAUUCUCUGCAGAUAACGAUGAAUUGUACUCCGAAAUUCUUUUCCUUAUUUUCCUCCAAUUAAAAAAAAAAAGCAAUUUGCUAAUUUGUGUGGUGUCACAUUUGUAAUUACACAAAAUGAGGAGGAGAAAUAAAAAGUCAACAAAAAAAUUGUGAUUUUUAUAAUAUUUUGGAUUGGAAAUAUCAAAACAUUGGUUUAUGUACAGUGAUUUUUUUUGGUAUGGGUGAUCAUUUAAUGGAUUUUGAUCGCCUAAAUUUUAAACGGGUCGGGCUUAGCUUGAAGUUUUGUUUAGUGAAGCUUUUGGAGUGGGCUUCUUCUGGGACUUGUUGAACGUGGAUGUAUCCAAUUUGGGCCUCAUCUAGUUCCAUUUGUACCACUCUAGACUUGGAAAUAUGGGCCUCGGACUUGAACAAACUGGGAAAUGCAGCUGGAAGAGGAGGUGCUGAUGGAGCUGGGUGUUCCUCCCGGUGGUUGGGGUGUCGUGGCGAGGCGGCUGGUGAUUCGGAUUUAGACUUUCGCAGUCGAAGGGGCCAUAUGCUGGACCCGUGUGAUGGCGAUGGUGGUGGGCUGGCCCUGCCUCUGCCUGUUGGUCGUUGAUUAUGGUCGUCUUUCUGCAAUGUGAAUCACUAUGAUCAUUAGUAGGAAAAAUAAGAGAUUUAAAAGUUGUUUGCAAGUUGUUAAGUCUUAUAGGAUUAUUCAUGAUUGAUAAUUGAAUAAAUGAAAAUUGUGUCUGUUUUGCACGUCACUAGUCAGUAGUCACUAGUGCUUCUA